AGCGCUGAAACGCCAAUUGAAGCCAAACGCGGCGACAAUCUCAAGUGAAAUGUAAAGCAGGAGCCCGCAGCAGGUGAAGCGUGUAUAAGGCUGCUGGAGAUAACACCAAACCCAAGUGAGGACUCCUCUCAUUCACUCAACUUGUCGCUUCUCUUCUGGCCACUAAAAGCGACGCUCAGAUUUCCACCCGCAAAAAAAAAGAGUGAGAGAGUGAGAGAGAGAGAGAGACAAGACCACUGGGUUUCAACUCAUGGCUCAUAGGUCCGCUCAUCAUGUGGCCCCAGUGGCGCUACUAGUCUUUGGACUUAUUGCGAUUCUCUUGCUCACGAUUCCCACUGAAGACAUUAAAGAGGCACCUGGGUUCAUGUACGGGAUUGUCCUGGAUGCUGGGUCGUCCCACACAGCUUUGUAUAUAUACAAGUGGCCAGCAGACAAGCAAAAUGGCACAGGCGUGGUCACUCAGCACAGCGAGUGUCAUGUUAAGGGCGGCGGGAUAUCCAGCUACGCGGGCCAAAAGGGAGCAGCCGAGCAGAGCCUGGAGGCGUGCCUGGAGCAGGCGGUGAAGGACAUCCCCAAAGCCAGACACCACCUCACGCCGGUCUACUUAGGAGCCACAGCCGGCAUGAGGCUCCUGCACAUCUCCAGUCCAGAGCAGGCAUCUGAGAUCCUGCAGGAGGUGGGCCUCAAAAUCCAGUCCUAUCCUUUCAACUACCAAGGAGCAGCCAUACUGACCGGCCAAGAGGAGGGGGUGUACGGCUGGGUCACGGUCAACUAUCUGUCAGAGAACUUCAUCAAGUACGGUUUUAUUGGGCGCUGGCUGAGUCCUGGCAGACCGACGGUGGGAGCUCUUGAUUUCGGCGGCGCGUCAACUCAGAUAACAUUUGUAACCACGGAGGAAGUGGAAGACGAGAGGGACAUGAUGAAGCUGCGGCUGUACGGUCAAGAGUACUCGCUGUACACACACAGCUUCCUCUGCUACGGCCGGGACCAGGUCCUCAAGAGGCUGCUGGCCCAUAUGGUCAAGUCUCAGGGUCACACAGGAACGGUGACUCACCCGUGCUUCCCUGUAGGCCACAGCGUAACAAUGACUUUGAAUAAUGUAUUCAACUCGCCCUGCACGGCGGAGCAGAGACCCAGCCCGUACGACUCCCAGGUGCCCCUGACAGUACAAGGCUCCGGACAUUAUGAACACUGCCUGGGCAACGUGUCGGAGAUUUUCUCCUUCGACAGCUGCCCCUUCUCCCAGUGCUCCUUUGACAAAGUCUUCCAGCCGAAUGUCAGCGGUAACUUCAUGGCGUUCUCUGCGUUCUACUACAUUCACUCGUUCCUGCAGCAGAUCACCGGCAUCACAGUGUCCACUCCCUCCCAGCUGGACGAGGCAGCCAAGGCAGUCUGCAAGAUGACUUUCAAUGAAAUGCUGCUCCUCGCCCCGGAGCAGAAGUCCCGUCUGCAGGACUACUGCGCAACGUCCGUCUUCAUCAAGGUCCUCAUGCUGAGAGGGUACGGCUUUGACGAGGCCUCGUUCCCCCAGGUUUCCUUCCAGAAAAAGGCUGGAGAUGCCUCGGUGGGCUGGGCGCUCGGUUACAUGCUGAGUUUGAGCAGCUUGCUGCCGGCGGAGAGCGUGGGACUGAGGAAGGCCCUGACACCCGGAGCUUGGGGAACGCUCCUCUUCCUCUUCAUCCUCCUCCUCACCUCAGUCCUGGUCUUUGUCUUACUGCAGGUGUUUGGUGGGAAAAAGAAAGGAGGCAGCGACAGCGGCAUUUAGCUUCAACAGCAGCUUAUAAGUUGAAGAACUUGAUGGCACUGGCACUAAGGGGCGAACUCUGAAUGCAGCGCCUUUAUGAGAAUUUCAACCAGUUUUUGGUUGUAUGGGAUGUAAAAACUGCAGCAGCUCAAGAAAAUCACAGCAUUCUCUGUUUUACUAUUUAAAACAUUUACCACCAGUUUAGAAUGUAUGGAAUCUUUUCUCAUUUUUAAUUUUAUUAUCAUCAUCACUAUUAUUACUACUGUUAUCAUUUUAAAUGUUUUUUUUUUUUUUUUUUUUUUAAAUCAAAGAGAUUUUACAUACACAAUAUCAGGUAGAAUAUUUAAUUCACAUUUUACAUCACAUAAGUACGGCACAAUAGUUUCAGUUUCAGUCUGACUUUGAUUAUCAUUAAUCUGCUGAGCUCAAGAGGUGCAGGUGUGUUAUCAGCAGCUGUUGACGGAAACUUAGAAAAUCCAAUUCCUGGUCACAGAAAAGCUCUUUGCUUCAAUUACUGCCAUCGAUAGGCAAGUGUCUCUCUUUUAAUGAGCCCAAGUACAACCUCUGUCAUCUGGAGGAAGAUUUUUUGAGGGAGUGCAAUUAACAAGUACUGAGCAGCGACUCCUCCAAAUGUUUUAGCAGUUAUAAUCAAUAAUCAUGAUCAUACCUAAGGGCCAGGCAAAAACAAGCAAACAAACAAAAAAAUAUAUAGAUUAUCCAAAGUGACGAAAUUUUGAUGAUCCCACUUAUUGAGCAACACAAGGGGUCAUUCUGUUAUUCUACAUAUUUAUACAUAUAAAUUGAAAGUAAUAAUUAAUAAAUUCAUCCUCUGAACACAUUUGUCGAUGUGAUAUAAUAACCCACGACUAAGUGAAUUAUUAAAAAGUACUCUUUACAGGUGGGCCAAAAUACUUGUUCACUUCAUUCUGAUUUAUUUCAAUAAUUUAAUAGGCCUAUCAGUGUCACCGUUUUUUUUUUUUUUUUUUUUUUUU